AUGCCUUUUUUGUAUCCGCAAACGAGCAGAAAGACCCAACGGAAAACCGGGGCCUACACCGCCUACCAAGCCUCAAGGUUCGCACAAGAACUCACAGCCCUGAAAGUGCUCCAGGACCCCUACCUGCAGACUGGGACAGCUGCGCCUAACGACUACAACAUGGGCAGAAAAUCCCAGAGACCCACACAGAACACAAGCAGGACCACACAGGACAUAGGCGACCUGCUGCAAAGACCAACGGCGCCCAAGAUGGCGGCCUCGCCAGACCGCACAACUGCCUCCCAAGAUGAAGGAGAGCAAUCCGGAGCCGAACAAGAACUAUUAACCGCUCACCCAAUAAGGGAUCCACAAACUAACAGAACUAACCUCACACCGGCUACUAAACAAGACAUAGCCGACCUGCUGAAAGAAAUGAGACAAAUGCACGCAGCAGAUAUGGACUUGCUAAGGACCGAAAUGCAGGCAAUAAUUACACGCACUCAAGCCACUGAAGAGGACACCCUAGACUUGAAACAAGAGGUACAGGGUGUAACGGAGCUCCCUGUACUCCGACCGAGUACCCUCCGUUGAUGGAUGCUCCUAGCGCUUCCUGAGGACUCCAAACACUGCAGCAGACACCACAACCACCGCAGACUCCACAACCGCCGUAGCUUAACUGGAGUCUCGCCGUCUUCCUUCCACCCUGGAUCAGCUUCUGUCCUCCAGGACCGUGUGGGGAAGACCUCUCCUCCAGGAGAGCGUAACAGGAACAGCUCUUAAAAGAGCUAAGUGAUUAAAAGCUCAGGGGAGUAUGCAGAGCAUAGCAAUCCCCAGUGUGCUAUAGCAGUUCCCUCCAAUAACGAGACAAGGCUACGUAUUGAGGGUCAAGAAGAUCUGAUGUUUAAUGGCACACACUCUGCUUUUAUGAGAUUCUGCCCAUGCAAGGGAGACACCCACAUAAUUAGCAGUAUAACCAAUCGGAACAAUAUACAUUCGGGGAAAUUCCCAUCCCUCAGAUAAUCACAUAACAUAAUUAAAACAGAACAGUAAAAAUACAGUUUUUAUACAUGUACUAUAACUUCCAAACUACACAGCCAAUCUUCAUAAAAUUACAUAUUUGGAAUCAAUCCAUUAAGGGGAGCAACAUAUUAAAAAAUGGCACAAAUCAGACAAGGGGUUCAAAAGUUAGCAAAAGUGUCUUUUGGGGCCUGGCUGGCAGCAUGGUUUUCUGGCCCAAACCGGUUUUACAGAGGCCUCUAUCCUGGACAAUGGGGAAAGUAAUCCAAUUAUCCAGGGAUAGAGGCAGACUCCAUUAACCACAUGUUAGCAAAAGACACAAAAAGACACAAAAAUACAUAACUCCUAUUGAACUGAACAGAACCCCCACAUUCAACCUAUCCCCAGAUGGCUUGGAUCUGAGCGCUCAAUAUAUCCAAACAGCGCUCAGAUCCCACAAAUACAGUCAAAUCGCCAUACACACUAGGUCCAUAGUCAUGGGGCAGAAGGCUGGCAAUUAGGCUUCUCCAUAACACAGGGAAGCAGGACAAUUUGUCAAAUAAAAUAACAGUUACAAAUGGCAGUUUGUAACACAGGGGCUAAAAGAACAAAUAAUACUCAUGCAGACAUCCCAAUCCAACCUCACUACGAGAAUGGACCUAGCAGAGGACCGCAACAGGCGCACUAACUUAAAACUAAGGGGGAUACCGGAUAGCGUGGACUCCACAGAACUACCCCUCUACCUCAGACGUCUCACAGCCACGCUCCUACCGCACGCCCAAGCCAAAAAAUUCACACUAGACGGCUUCUUUAGGAUCAAAAAAGCAAGACAAGCCCCAGCCACAGCUCCACAAGAUGUCAUCAUCCGGUGCCACUCAGUGGCAGACAAAAUCAAGAUCCUUACAGCAGUCAGGGGAGGGACACCACUUGCUUUUGAAUCAUCCCACAUUACCUUCUAUCAGGACUUAACAAGAAACACGCUGUUGUGGCGCAGGUCCCUGGCACAAGUGACGAGCAGUCUGCGCGAAGCUAAAAUUGAGUACAAAUGGACUCUACCAAGGACCCUGACUGUAACCAAAAACGGUACCACACACAAUCUUUCCUCACUACAGGAGGCAGAACAGUUCCUACGCGCACUGGGGAUUCACACCGGACCCGCAGCACAAGAAACUCCCACGUCUUCGCACACCUGGGAUCCUGACAGAAUGACCCCAUUCAUCCUCAGGAAUAGAGAGCACCAGAGAGAACCGACCUGA